AUGGCCUUUAACGCAAACAAACAUGCUACUGCCAAGUGGCUUUGGAUUGCACAGCUUCUUCUAGCCUUCCUAGAGCGAAGAUUGGCAAAAAACAGAGAGACUCGGGACCUUGCCGUUGCAGAGACAAAGAUGUGGCCGAUUAUUAUCCAGGGUCGGUAUGUAAAAGAGCUUGAGGGUAUGAAGAAGGAAGCUGUAGAACUGUAA